AUGAAGUCUGUCGCAUCCAUCGCCGCGGCAGCUAUGCUGUCCGGCUCUGCCAACGCUUUCUGGCGCAUGCCCUGCCACGACCGCACUGCGCUCGCACGUCUCGACCCCAUUGUCGACGAAGGAACUGCUUCCUCUCACGCCCACACCAUCCACGGUGGAAGCAACUUCGCUGAGACGACCACCUAUGAUAUGCUCCGUGAGUCGGAGUGCACUUCGUGCCAGUUCGAUGAAGACAAAUCUGCCUACUGGACCCCCUCUCUGCACUUCGUCCACGAGGGUGGCAAGACUGAGAUCGUCCCCCAGGUUGGCGGUAUGCUCGCAUACUACCUUCUCCUCGGUGACGACCUGAAGGCUUUCCCCGAAGGCUUCCAGAUGCUCGCCGGUGACUCCCGUCUCCGCAACUUCACUGGCCCGGUCCCCGACCCGCCAACCUCUGCCUGGACUGCGGACGACAUGACUCAGCUGUCUCUCGGCCAGAAGUCCAUUGGCUUCAACUGCCUGAACUACAACAAGGCACCCGAGGGCUCGCGCUACCGCCACUUCAUGCCCACCAAGGACUACAUGGACGAGAACUGCGCCAACGGUAUCCGUGCCGAGAUCAUGUUCCCUUCGUGCUGGAACGGCAAGGACAAGACCGCCGACGACCACAAGAGCCACAUGGCCUACCCCAACAUGAUUGACGGUGGCAAGUGCCCCGACGGCUACGACACCCGUGUUCCCUCGCUCUUCUACGAGACCAUCUGGAACACCUACAAGUUCAAGGACGCGGCUGGACAGUUCGUCUGGUCCAACGGUGACCCCACUGGCUACGGAUACCACGCUGAUUUCAUCAACGGCUGGAACAUCGACACUCUCCAGUCCGCCGUCACUACCUGCACCAACCCCUCUGGUCGUGUUGAGGACUGCCCUGUCUUCUCUGCCGGUCUCCAAACCGAGUCCGAGCAAGCCACUUGCAAGAUCCAGUCCAUGCCCAAGAUCCUCUCCGUUGACGACUGUGCUGGUCCCUCCAAGGGUCUCUGCGGUAACGUUCCUGUCCAAUACGGACCUGAGUACGCCGCGCCCCUUGAGGGAGGAGACAAGGAUGACGAGGAGCCCAUUACCCCCACCCUUUCUUCUGUCGCCCCUGUGCCCACUCAGUCUUACGCCCCUGCUCGCUCCAUGGGUGCUGGCGGUAUCUCUGUCUACAACGUUGAGAGCCCUUCCACCAUGGUCAAGUCCAGCUCCAGCGCCGCUGGUUACCCCGCUGCGCCUGCCGUCACCCCUCUUGCUGACAUCGCUGAUGCUCUUGAGGGUGAUGACGUUGUCUCUACCUCCACCUACACCAAGGAUGGUGUCGUGUACGAGGUUGCCAUCGUCGAGGUUGUCGUCACAACUACUGUGGGUGCCGACUACCGCCGACACGCACACAAGCACCGUCGUGGUCAUUUCGGCCGCAACUAA